GUUUAUUUUGCUUGUUGUCCCUGUCACUCGAGUCUCCUUAGCCUUGUAUAUAUUCUGGCCACCGUCCAAGGAUUGGCAGAUCAGAACCUUCCAACGAAGAAGCUUCACCAACGCUUACAACGCUUACCUACGCUUGAAGUUAUUUACCACAAUGGUUGCCAAAUUCGCGAUGAUCCUGAUGUUUGCGGGAGCCUGCUUGGCUUACCCUGCGGAGGAGGAAUUGGCUCCCCCGGCAGGAGCCCCUGUGGGUCCUCCUCAGCCUGUCUCGGAUCCCAAUGCGGGUAUUGGGGCCCCCGUCCUACAAGCACUGUCACCGCCACAGGGACCCCCUGAAGGCAAGGCCGAGUCCGACUUGAAGACUGACAGCUCCUUCUGGUUUCGUAGGUCCUACUACCCCGUCUACUACGCCAGAUCAUACUACAGGCCUAGAGUAUACUACUAUUCCUACCCAUCUGUCUACUCAUACUGGAACUCCUGGUGGUAAAUAAUCUCAUAAGAUCUGAAUCAACACGCGAACUGGAGAACUUCUUAACUCAUCCCAGCGCGGUGCUGUGUUUAAACACACCUAGAUUGUAAAAGUAUUAUUAAAAUUUAAGAUAAAAUUA